CAUGUUGCGUCAGAUACAUACAGCAUAUAUUAGUAUAGUAGACGCUCUACCCUGGAUUAGUUGCCUAUAAAUAGACACAAAUUAAAUGCACUCUCCAAUUAUACUUUCUAUCCUUCAUCUUCGGACAUGGCUAGCAAAGCUCAUGAGUCAGGUUCGAGGUACCAUGAGGGUCGACGUUCCUCUACUGAUUCCAGAUACCACGAGAGACAACCUUCAUCAAAAUCUAGUCAUUCAAAGCAUCAUGAUAGUCAACAUUCCUCAAAUAGUUCGAGGCACCACGAGACUCCGCAUCAUGUGAGUCAACAUUCAUCAAGAUCUGGUGGUUCAAAGCAUCAUGAGAGUCAACAUUCAUCAAGAUCUGGUGAUUCCAGAUACCAUUCAAGUCAACAUUCAUCAAGAAUUGGUGGUUCAAGGCACCAUGAGAGUCAACAUUCAUCAAAACAUCAUGAGAGUCAACAUUCAUCAAAACAUCAUGAGAGUCAACAUUCAAGUCAACAUUCAUCAAGAUCUGGUGAUUCCAGAUACCAUUCAAGUCAACAUUCAUCAAGGCACCAUGGGAGUCAACAUUCAACUCGGCUUCCAUCCUCUUCUACGUCUACCACAUUUAGAUCAUACAGUUCAGUGCUACAACGGAGUCAACAAAGCUCAUCCUCUUCUAUAAAAAACACGGGAAUUAAGAAGAACCAGAUUGUUCUUCCCGACCGUUUCCAUGAACAUGCUUUAACGAUGAUGUCAGCCGCCAGAGAACCAUUUAGAUGCAGUGGAUGUAAGGAACAAGGGUUUGGACGAAGUUACCGAUGUGAAAACAAAGGUUGCAGGUAUGUCCUCCAUGAAGAAUGUGCAAACGCUGUUGUUCACCGUAAAAACCACGUAAGUCAUUCAUUUUUCGAAGGCCAAGAAUUCUGGUUCCUAGAGAAACCCCUUGGGUAUCCUAGAGUUUGUGAUGCUUGUAGAAUGGACGUGCGAGGCUUUGUGUAUCAUCGCAAUGCUACAAAAGAUGUCUACGACACAGGCUUGGAUUUGCAUCCAUCUUGUUUGAAGCUAAGUCACAAGAUUCCUUAUAACGAUUCAAAUGCAACAAAGACACUCACAUUGCGAAGACAUGUUGAGAAAAAGUGUGUCAAAUGCAAGAGUCGUAAAGUUGGGGACGAUAGCAAAGUUAAAGGGUGGUCAUAUUUAACUUCCGAUGGAGAUUGCUUUCAUGUUUCUUGUUUUAAAGAAUUGUUUCUUGAGAAAAUCAGAGAUGAUUAUUUCUCGGAAAAGAAGAUUGUAGUGUCAAAAAUGCAGAGCAAUGUUGUUGACAGUAAUAUGAAAGUUGUGAAAGUUGAAGGAGGAUCAUCAAAUAAUUCAAAAGGAUCUUCAUCACUAGCUAAGAUAGUAGUGGUAAAGAUAGCACCAGUGGUACUCAAGUUAAUAUUUUCAGCUAUUUUUGGAAAUCCUGUUUCUUUUGUUCUUGCUCUAGUGGAAGCCCUAGUUACUUCUUUUAAUUAAUUUCAUUAUGCUCUUCUUUUUCUACCAGGGUGUUCACUUUUAUUUCGACUAGGCAAUAGGUUGUGUUUAUCUUUGUAUGUGAGUUUGGUGUGGUUGUAAUUCCUAUAAGAUCAACAGUACAUUAGGAACUCAUGUAUCGUUUUCUUCUUCUUAAUAAUAGUGUGAUUGUUAAGAUAAGAUGUGGAUCAAGUAAUAAGAUUGGAGAUAAAAAUUGUUUUGCAUGCAUCUA